AUUGCCAGGUUGAAACAAAAAAUGCUCUCUACCCACAAGUUGAUCUCUACAAUGACAUUACUUCAAUCCACGUACCUAAAAUUGUGCAAGGAAUUCAAUUACCUCUUGGAGAAAUUCAACAAGAACGAAAAAGCCAAGAUCAUGCUUAUUCAGGAGAACAAGGAAUUGCGAAUCUUGUUGAAGGAGUUGCUUGACGAAAGA